UUCGUUUUCUCUUUCUCUGGGCUGCAGUUGCUCAGCACACAGAAUGGCUUCUCGAUACUCACAGAAGCUGGAGGAGAAACUGGCCUGCUGCAUUUGUUUGGAGAUGUUUACCACACCUGUGACUGUGCCCUGUGGGCACAGUUUCUGUGAGAAGUGCAUCGAUAGCCAUUGGGACAAGGAGGAAGAAGGGCUUGCAGGCCUGCAGAACCUGUACACUUGCCCCGAAUGCCGGAAAUGCUUUGUUCAGAGGCCCGAACUCAGAAAGACAGUGAAACUGGACAGUGUGAUAGAGCUUCUAAAAUCAAAAGAAGCACAGACAGCAACAGCAGCAGCGGACGGGACGGCGGCUGCUCAGGGAAGGAAGUGCCCCAGCCAUGGUCGGCCCUUGGAGCUCUACUGUCAGACCGAGAAGCGGGGCAUCUGUUGUGUGUGCACUUUGAAGCAGUGCCAGGACCACCAGAAGGUCCUCUUUGAAGACGAGAGGAAAACGAAAGAAGAGUCUAUAAAAGAAACACUGGAGAACACUCAAAAGGAGGCAGAAAGAAUUGCAGAAGAAAUCCAGAAACUGGAACAGCAGAUAGACAGCAUUAAGGAUUCCUCAGAGAAGUUCAAAUCCGGGGUUUUGCAAAAGUUUGCCCAUCUCAUGGAAACCCUGAAGGAAUGCCAGUGGAAGGUGGUGGAGAGGAUUCAAAGUGAGCAGGCUGCUGCCCUUGGCCAAAUGGAAGAGAACUGGAAUCGGCUGCGGAACCAACUGGAUGCUGUUAGUCAACGCAACAAGAAGGCAGAAGGGCUGCUGGCCUAUGCUGAUGACAUGCAGUUUCUGGAGGAACUGUAUCUCCUUCCUCCUCCUGGCAACUUGGAAGCACCUCCAGCUGUUGAAUUCGACUUGGCCAGCCGUGUGGAUGCCAUCAAUCAGUUCUUCAAUGAGGCCUCCCAGUUUUUGCAAAAUGCUCUGUCAAAUUCCUUGAAUCCACAAGUGCCUGAUGCACCAAUCUCACCGGAGCCAAAGGUCAUUGUGAGGAGGGCUGGAUUGUGUCUUCCAAAGAAUGAGCUAAGAACACAACUUUUGAAGGGUCAUCAGAAUUUGACUUUUGAUCCAACUACAGCGAACAAAUAUCUGCAAUUUUCUUCUCAUGACCGGAAGGCUACCCACUCUCACGGUUUUCAUAGCACGAGAACAAAUGGCCCACAGAGGUUUGAGCCAUGGCAGGUCAUGUGCCUCCAGAACUUCAGCCAAGGCUGUAGCUACUGGGAAGUCAAGUUAUCUGGCCACUCGGCCAUAGUUGGUGUAGCUUACGAAAGGAUUACGAGGAAGAAACAGGAUAGCCAAAAGUUCACCAUCGGGCUGGAUAAGCUCUCCUGGGGCCUGCAUAUCCAAGAAGACUGCUAUGUGGCUUGGUACGACAGCAAGUCCACGAAGAUCAAAGAGCCCUUGUGCAAAUUCAUUGGCGUGCUGUUGGACUAUGACCAAGGAUGGCUGUCCUUUUAUGGCAUAGAUGACAAUAUGAAGCUUCUCCACUCUUUCAACACCAUCUUCACAGGACCCCUGAUCCCAAUUUUCUGGCUCUGUGAAGGCGUAUCUGUGACUCUUUGCCAAAAGCCGCAAGGCCAAGCCGUCAUAAUGGAUGAGGUGUCUCCUGAUUUGCAAGCAGCUCCUGCCACAGUAGAAAAAUCAUGAGAGGAGCAGAUCACUCUGAAACAAUGAAGUUCAAUCUGUUGAGUUCUGAAGAUAUGUGUCUGUGGAGGACUGAGAGUGUAUUUCUGUCUUUCAUUCCAGGGAUGCAGAACCUCAGGCCUGGGGGCCAAAUCCAGCCUUCUUGGGUUCCCCAUACAGCAGUGCCUCCUUUCCCUCGAAGCACAGAUUGUCUGGUGAUUUCCCAUCUUUUGUGAAUAUCACCCCCCCCUCCUAAGGUUUAAUUACUGGCAGUGAGAGCAGGAAGCUAAAAUAUGGUGGUAUUUUGGCCCUGUCCUUUGGCCUCAUCCUGUCCACUGCGUUGUGGUUCCCUAAGAGUUUCUCUAAAAUGGAAUUCUGCCCUCAGGCUGAAAGAAGUUCAACAUUCCUGGUUUAUACCCAUCUUCCCCAGUGAGAUGUGUGCCCCUGCCUUUCCCAAUGAGAGGCACAGCUAGUGUCCAAGAAGAUUAAUUCUUAAGAAAUGCUAAUUGCUACUGUGCUAACUGCAGCCAAUUUGGACCUCAAAUCUUUGCUACAGUAGUUCCUUAACUAAACUUUGUUCUCUUUGCUUCCCUGCUUCCUCUUCAUUUCUUGAUUCGUUUCUUAAUGGGACUUGAGUUUCUCAGAAAGUCAUUUUCUGCAAAAGGAUGUGCACCAGGAUCGGCAAAUUAAAUAACCAGGUACAGGACUUUGUCGAUCCUGGUGCACAUCCUUUUGCAGAAAAUGACUUUCUGAGAAUCUCAGGUCCCAUUAAGAAAUGAAUCAAGAAAUGAAGAGGAAGCAGGGGAGCAAAGAGAACAAAGUUAGUUAAGGAACUACUGUAGCGAAGACUUGAGGUCCAAAUUGGCUGCAGUUAGCACAGUAGUGGCCGAGAGCUGACCACAAGGCCAUGUUCAGGGUGGGUAAUGGGUCCAAACUCUCAGGGGUGGCUUUAUCCUAAAAGCCAUAUUUUAUACUUUUUGUAUACGGGAUGCCUGUAGUUCACCAUACCGGAAACUCUUUUGGGUUGUAGAUUCCAGAAAGGAACUAUUUUCCUUGCGUGUGUGUGUACAUUUGCUGGGAAAGAAAUUAAUUGUUAACUUUUCUGUGCAGGUGACACAUCUAAAGUAGGCAUUGUAAACUUUGUUCUUGUUUAUGUUGCCUUUUUUUCAUCAAAGGAUUUGAGGUGGAAAUUAAACUUGCCAAGUCAA